GCACACACACAAACACAAACACAAACACAAACACAUACAUACACAACAAUUAAUGUUGAUGAGGGGAGAAACAAAAUGGGUUACUAUGCUCUCCCUCUUCCUCUUCUUCUUCUUCUUCUUGCUGCCUUAAUAUUCGUGCAAGCCAUGUCAAUCUCUGCGUCUCCGGGACCUGCAGCUGCAGAAAGUCACCAAGACAUGUUAUCUCCUCUCCUCAAUGAGAUCUGCAAAAGCGUGGAGUGCGGAAGAGGCACCUGCAGGGUUGUUGCUGAGAAUGGCACGGCCUUCGGGUUCGGGUUCGGGUUCGGAUUCGAGUGCGAGUGCGAACCCGGGUGGGCGCAGCUCCGGUUCGACCGCAGCGACCAUCUCGGGUUCCUCCCUUGUGUCAUUCCCAAUUGUACUUUCGACUCCGCGUGCUACAAUGAUUCGAUUCCUUACAAACCUCUUAUUCCACCUCCUCAUACUUCGAUUUUCGAUCCAUGCCUGUGGUCGUUCUGCGGCAGCGGGACGUGCGUCAGAACGGCCGAAUUCGAGCACCGCUGCGAGUGCAGACAGGGCUUCAGCAACCUGCUGAACAUCCCCAGUCUGCCAUGCUUCAGAGAAUGUAAACUCGGGGCCGAUUGCCCUGCAUUAGGAUUCACGCUGACGAACACUUCAUCCACGACUUCGCCACCGCAGUUCUCCGUACGAAGCAGUGGAGUAUAUACUCUUGCAACAAAAUCACUAUGGAUCUACAUAUGGAUAUUAAUCUCCGCGGUGUAUUUCAAACCUUAAAAGACUUUUGAAGUGCUCGCAUUAGUUUGGAGGAAGAGUUUCAAAAUCAUUCUUUGCUAUUAAUUUUACAGAGUGUGAAGGACCGAAUUGUAAUUUACAAUUUCUCUUCUACUGUUUUUUGUCGAAUGCCUCUGUUUAUGAGUCGAGAUCAUAUAUAUAAAACAGAUUAGAUGAAUUUUGGUGC